AUGGCCCUCGCCAUCCUUGUGGCCGCCGGCGCAAACGCGACUUGCUUGCUCGUUCGCACCGGCGCGACGCGCAUCUCCGUCGUCGCCGCCGCUAGCGUCCGGUCUGCGGUGUCUCGCGCCACGGCGAGAGCCACGACGGACAUUGAGAGCCGUGGCGCCGACGGCAUCUCGGUGCAGGCCGUCAACGGCGGUGGCCUCAAGAGUGGCGGCUCAGAGCCUGCGCUGGAGAGAGUGACGACAACGACGAACGAGUGCUACCUGUGCUACGAUUCGUGCCGCGGCGAGCACGAGCUCGUGCGCGGCGUGUGCGCCUGCAAGCACACGGCGAUGCACCUCUCGUGCCAGCGCAGGAUGAUCGAGAUGGCCGAGGAGGCGGGCAAGCCGAACCCGCUGCAGUGCACGGUCUGCCACACGGACUUCUCGAACGCGGAGUUUGCCGAGGCGCGCGUCAAGCUCACGCGCGCCGGCGCCCGCUGGCUCCUGAUCGCCGUCGGGUCGGUGGUGCUGCUGGCGUGCGCCGUCGCGGCGCUCUGGCCGUGGGACGGCGAGAGGAUGGGGUGGUGGGACUACGCGUGGCGGUCGUUCCUCAACUACGAGGACGUGUCACUCGACGGGCAGCACACCCUGCUCCGAUUCUUUGGCCUCCUCGCCCUCGUCGCCGCCAUCUGCCUGAGCAGCUGGACGCUGACCUGGCUGGCUCUCUCCCUGUCGGGCACACUCGACCAGGCGAGGCAGCGGCCCGACGCCGCCGGCCUCGGCUUCUUCCUGCAACCGCCGAUGAGCACGUCGCGGCAGCUCCGCUGCUGGCAACCAACCUGUUCAGCGUAG